CCUCUCCCCGCCGCAGUGGGAGGAAGUCGGACCACAAAGCAAGCACCGACCGUGCUAGCAAAAACACAGGCAAAAGUACACCCGAGGGGGGGGGGGGGACUCCAGCCAAACAUGUGCCAUAUUGUAGUUGAAAAACCAAGAGCUUAAUUGAACGGAGCCAACCGUGUCUGCUGGCAUUCGGUCAAGAGGCAGCGGGAGGACACCGUUUCAACACGCCGAGAGGGCUCUCUCAGCACGGACUGUCGGCUCAGCAGGAACCCUUCGAGGCUGGCGCGGAGCUCGACGACCGGUUCGGCUUUCCUACAGACAGUUCCCCCUCCGCGUGAGGAAACCGCCAAAACUCUGCGACGCUCGGUGUCUAAUGUCACCGACUGUGGUCAGAGCAACCGCAUCCCAACACCUCCGCCGCCUUUCUGAUUGACCUCCGUUAACAACGAGGAGAAGUUAUCCUUUAACGGGCGAACCUCUGCUGGCUAUCCGACAUCCAUCUACCGUCGCUCCCUCCCCAUCCGCCGCCACCAGCAGCGUCACCAUCAGCCCCAGUCUGCAGCUCCGUGGCUGGAUCAUCUGGCGACGGGUCCCCUUCAAGCUCGGGAUAUCACAGCUAGAAGCUAUGGAUUAUAUGUUUUCUGUUUCGCUGAUAUUUUAGGCCACCGGACUGCCAGGGACUGAUUUUCGGAAUCGCAGCCAGACUUCCCCUAUACGAGGAUCCAGAAGACCCGCAGCCGUUAGCACCAAGUAAAUCGCUGCAUGAACUCGAACAGUCGCCAGCUUGUGAUUGCGUUCACAAUUGGGAUUACGAGCAUUUAAAUGUACCUUCAGAUCUUAAACGGUCUAUUAUAUGUGUCCAGUUGUUUCCUCGCUGGUUAUUUAGCCUACGGGCUAGUGGGAUUCAGGUUUUGCUAGCUAGCGUGGUUGCUAACUAGCAGGCGAACGCAAAUGUCGAUACUACCAACUGCCAGUUAGCUCUGCCACGCGUGGAUCUGCUCUGAUCUGUGAUUACUUAAUCACACCGUUUGGCUUUAGCUGUGGAUUUGGUGCUAAACCUCUCAAGGUGUUUUACACACAGCUAUCCGUUCUGGUGGUAUUUUUGGCUUUGCUGAUGCGCCGAUACAGAACAUCUCAGCUUUAACAGGAAGCCAACCAGAAAGGAAGGCAUAAAAGGAAAACAACAAACAGGAGCGGUGUGGAUUCUGACUUCAAACCACGAGUCUGGCCUCGUCUUCUGCUUGAGCUCGCAUUUUUUUUAUUUUAUUUUCGUGGCAACACUCUGUCGAGUUCUAUUUGCGGAUUUUGCUGCACCAGCGCGGACGGAGAGUUGUUCAGCUUCUAUCGGAGCGUCUUUUCUUCUAAAUCUUCGAUGGUUGAAACGAGGAGACGCAGCCACACGUGUACCCCUUUGCUGCCUGGAAAACGGACUCUUUCUGCUGCCGUUGAGGCCAACAAAGAAGCCAUCUCCCUUUUUGUCAUUCCACUAUAGUAUCACAUCGUUGUCGACUGCGCAGUUUUUACAUUUGAGGGGAAAGCCUCCCACCUGGAACUCAUGCCAAACUGGACACAAACCAGUCGCUUGGACAACAGGGAAGUCCCCGGAGACAUGCUGGAUCUGACAGCUCUCUGAUCUCGUAUUGUGUGCACCAAAACCAACCUUCAUUUUCAAAAUUUCUCUCCCGUAAACAAUCCACCCAGAGAAUACGUGCAAUUUUAGCGCUGCAUGGGGUUACAACGACUCUGAUCUUGUUCAUCUCUGUGAUGAAUCUACAUUUUUAUUCCUCCGCUAUGGUGAUUUGAAUUGGGCAGCCACAGAUUCCAGUGCCAGCUGACCGUUUUUCGGCCCCUGUUAUCGUUCACCUGCCCUGGAUGUUGGUCAUAUCCGCUGCAGGACACUUUUUUUUUAAUUCCCCGAAAUAAAGACGCCACCCCAGGCUCUGAUUUUUGAUUGAUUUGGUCGUCCCAGGGUUGAAAGAUGGCGGACCUCGAAGCUGUACUCGCAGAUGUCAGCUAUUUGAUGGCGAUGGAGAAGAGCAAAUCUACUCCGGCAGCCCGGGCGAGUAAGAAAAUUAUCCUCCCUGAGCCCAGCAUUCGCAGUGUGAUGCAGAAGUACCUGGAGGAGAGAGAUGAACUAACGUUUGACAAAAUUUUCAACCAAAAAAUUGGCUUCCUGCUUUUUAAGGACUUUUGUAUGAACGAAAUCGACGAGGCCGUGCCACAGCUCAAGUUCUAUGAAGAGAUUAAGGAUUAUGAGAAGAUGGACUCGGAGGAGGAGCGCCUGAGCCGCAGCCGGCAGAUUUACGACGUAUACAUCAUGAAGGAGCUGCUGUCCUGUUCACAUCCAUUUUCCAAGAAGGCAGUGGACCAUGUUCAGAGUCACUUGGCAAAGAAGCAGGUCCCUCCAACUCUCUUUCAGCCAUACAUAGUGGAGAUCUGCGACAGCUUGAGAGGGACGAUCUUCCAGAAGUUUAUCGAGAGUGAUAAAUUCACUCGUUUUUGCCAGUGGAAGAACGUGGAGCUCAACAUCCAUCUAACCAUGAAUGACUUCAGCGUCCAUCGGAUCAUCGGUAGGGGCGGCUUUGGCGAGGUGUACGGCUGCAGGAAGGCCGACACAGGGAAGAUGUAUGCCAUGAAGUGUUUGGACAAGAAGAGGAUCAAGAUGAAACAGGGGGAGACUCUGGCACUCAACGAGAGAAUCAUGCUGUCGUUAGUCAGCACAGGCGACUGUCCUUUUAUUGUGUGUAUGACCUAUGCCUUCCAUACCCCCGACAAGCUGUGCUUCAUCUUGGACCUCAUGAAUGGGGGAGACUUGCACUACCACCUCUCUCAGCAUGGCGUGUUCAGCGAGAAGGAGAUGCGAUUUUAUGCGGCUGAGAUCAUCCUAGGUCUGGAGCACAUGCACAACCGCUUUGUCGUCUACAGAGACCUGAAGCCGGCUAACAUCUUGUUGGACGAGCACGGCCACGUUAGGAUCUCGGACCUCGGCCUAGCCUGUGAUUUUUCCAAAAAGAAGCCCCACGCCAGCGUCGGCACCCAUGGCUACAUGGCUCCUGAGGUCCUUCAGAAGGGGACAGCGUACGACAGCAGCGCGGACUGGUUCUCUUUAGGCUGCAUGCUCUUCAAACUCCUCAGAGGACACAGCCCCUUCAGACAGCACAAGACCAAAGACAAACACGAGAUUGACCGCAUGACACUGACCAUGAAUGUGGAGCUGCCAGAGUCGUUCACGAUGGAACUGAAAGAUCUCCUGGAGGGGCUGCUGCAGAGAGAUGUGGCCAAGAGGCUGGGCUGCCAGGGCCGAGGAGCCUCGGAGGUGAAGGAGCAUCAAUUUUUCAAAGGCCUUGACUGGCAGCAGGUUUACCUGCAGAAGUACCCCCCUCCUCUAAUCCCGCCCAGAGGAGAGGUGAAUGCUGCAGACGCCUUCGACAUCGGCUCCUUUGAUGAAGAGGACACCAAGGGCAUCAAGCUGCUGGACAGCGACCAGGAGCUGUACAAGAACUUUCCUCUGGUCAUAUCAGAGCGCUGGCAGCAGGAAGUGGCCGAGACGGUGUACGAAGCAGUCAACUUGGACACGGACAAGAUUGAAGCUCGCAAAAGGGCCAAGAACAAGCAGCUGGGCCACGAGGAGGACUAUGCCUUGGGGAAGGACUGCAUUAUGCACGGCUACAUGCUGAAGCUGGGGAACCCGUUCCUCACCCAGUGGCAGCGCCGCUACUUCUACCUGUUCCCCAACCGAGUAGAGUGGAGGGGGGAGGGCGAGUCACGGCAAAACCUGCUGACAAUGGAGCAGAUUGUGUCGGUGGAAGAAACACAGAUUAAAGAUAAGAAGUGUAUCCUGCUGCGCAUCAAAGGAGGGAAGCAGUUUGUUCUGCAGUGUGAGAGCGACCCGGAGUUUGUGCAGUGGAAGAAGGAGCUGACGGAGGCCUUCACAGAGGCCCAGAAGCUGCUGCGCCGUGCCCCCAAGGUCAUCGGGAAAGGUCGAGCGGGUGUGGUGGAGCUCUCCAAACCUCCCCUCACACACCGUAACAGCAAUGGCCUGUGAACACACACACACACACAUUUAUAUAAAUAUACACACACUUUAACACAAACUUCAUCACUGCAAGACAUCUGUUAUGACUUCCCCACGACGCCUAGCAGUGUGUACAGACCCAGCAACCCCACCCCCAAACACACACACCCCACAUGAUGACCAAUCACAGGAGAUUUCAUCAUUUCAUUUGAAUAUUUCAUCCAGUCACAGAAGGAAGGAGGAAUUCCAGGAGAGAGUUCAGUAUGGGGGUGCUUUGGCAGCUCAAUCCGAUCCUUGCUCAGCCCCCCCCCCCCCCCCCCCCCCCCACACACACACACACACACACACAUAUAUCCACCUCCACCUGCUCUGUGUAGAUCACAUGACCAGUACUCUGAUUUACAUGGAGCACCGUGGCAACCUGAAUAAGUCCUCCAAUAGAAACAGAAAUGAAUUAAGUCCAGAGCAUGAGAUCCCCCACUUACCCACCUCCCCAUCUCUAUCUGAGCAUAGGUGGCUGGACCGCUGCGGGGAACACACACACACACACACACACACACACUGCUGCUCCUCUGGAUCAUCCCUCCAUCACACCGUAACUCCUUGAUGUGUGCCAAGUGCCAACAUGGAUAUUUUACUUGAGUCACCUGAGCAGCCAAGAGGCCCUGCCCCCUCUCUCCACCUGCAACAAAGAGGAGGUGGGGGAGGUAUCGCUAGCUGCAGCUGAUCAUUCCAGUCCAGGAAACAGGAAGGACCACAGACUCUUUACAGAUUGGUCCCUAUUCAGCCCGUUACCAUGGAGACUGAGAUUCCAUUGGCUGUCAAACAGCAGCCUGUUGCUAUGGGAACUGUGGAGACCAGCGUACCUGGGGAUCCACGCACGACACUGUACCUAAUGUGUAUGAAGUCAGGGUGGGUGGGACCUCUGAUUGUGGGCGGGGCCUAUGAGUGUAUAUAAGCAAACCUUUUCUCUGUGCAUCUCCAGUGUUGUAGUCCUUGUGUUUGUUUGCAUCUUUAGAAAGCUCCGUCCUUCCGACCGUCUCUCCAGGCUUUGAGUCAGACGAGGGCUUUGGGUUUAUCCUGCCGGGGGGGUGGGGGGGGUGGGGGUGGGGGGGUAUGAACAGACUGGUGUCAGACCGCUUUCACAAACACACCUAUACACACACACCCCAAACAUUUUACACGUUCUCACGGCUUCUAUGAUGGACAGUGUUUAGGGAGGAAGAGGAGGAGCUCAAAAGGAAAUGUCUCCCCUCAAGUGCACAGAGUUAUGGUAGCAAAUUAGAUUCAUGCUAGAUUAUCUAUAAAAUCCAGAGAUUAAAGUCAUUCACAGACUAGUGAAACCUGAGUGAUUAAAGGCCUGAAUGUACAUGAAUUAAAUUCUAUUUCAGUUAAAAAAAACUGCAAAACUUGCAUGCUUACUGAAAUAGACUUUUAAAUCUGCCAGGACUCAAUAACAGUUUUUUGCAGAAUAAAGCCAGAAAAAUACAACAUAGAGAACACUCAGGUGUUCGUGUAACUUUAGUUUGUAAGAAAAUGAUUGCUUUAAUGAAAGAGUAUUUCAGAGUGUUUUAAUUACAAAAGUAUCAGGCUACCUAAAGUCAUGUAUCGGUUCUUUCCCAUCACACCCAGUUGUUUUAUUUUUGUUUAUUUUUUCAAUUCUAAAAGUUUUUAUUUUUAAAUAUGGACUGGUCCAAAUAUGUCUCUGCUACAGUUAAACUGUUUUACAUACAAUCCUUUAAAAAAUCUUUUUCACUCUUUUUGUACUCUGACCUGCAUCACCGACUACAUUUCCCAGAAGGUUCCUGUGUUCUCCCAAACGGAGCAUCACUGUUAGAGGGGACAGUUCAAACUGCUCGUUAGAUUCAAACAUAAUAAUCUGAUCCCAGAUCAGAAACAAUUGAACGCGCUGGGUGUUUUUGCUUUAAACAGUCUGACGUUGUGAUUUUCCCUCUGGGAAUCUGAUCCAGGAAGUGAAGUGUCCUGUCACAUUCUGGACUUCUUUAGAUUUUUCUCAGGUCCAGUUGGUACCAGAAUUAAGAGUGAGCAUACCAGCUAUGUGUUUAAAACCAGGGGCAGGUUCUUCCUUUUGUCUCACUGUAUUAUUAUUUAAUUCUCACACACAAAUCAAAUAGUCUUUUAUUAAGUUUAUUUUUGUAUCAAAUGCUUGUUGGCACCUCUUCUUUUCAUGUAUUUUCCAUCCAUUCUGCUGUGGGGGUCCACCUUUACGGGGAGUCAAAAAUACCAUUUUCACUUGGCAGGUUUUCCAGCAGACUCUGAGUUAUGCUUUGAGAGUUGGACGUCCCAAAAAUGUGGCUGCAAUGAGUUUGGAAAAAAAAAAGCAGACAUUAAUAGUCGGUUUACCUCCUGUUAGUUUUCAGGGUGGAGUUUUCCUCCUUUUUCCUGUUUUUAUUCAGUUUGCAAUGAAGUGAAUUAUUAUUAUUAUUAUUAUUUUUUUUUUUUUACUUUUAUUUUUAUGACCGUGGGGUUUGUGGUUCCACUCAGACCUGGUCUCGGUUUGCUCACCUGAAGAACAUGAAGUCCCAACGUAAAAGAUGAGCAGCAGCAGGAGGAGUUGUUUGUAAUUUCAGGGUUUUUAUUUCACAUGCAGGACUUGUCUGUGACGUCCAGGCAUGUCUGUAACACCAGGCGCUUGGUGGGAAAACGUUGUGGUGACCUUUUUAAUAUUAAGCCUUUACGUCACGAGGAGAUCUGAUUGUUCUACAGAGAAAUGUUGUCUUUUAUUUUUGUAAACCAAAAUGGGUUUUUAUUGUUUCCUUUGAAAUUUGUGUUGUUGCACCUUUUUAGCCCGAUGUUACUUACUGGUUGUUAAAUGUGCCAAAUAAUUCCUGAAGAGUGAGUGGAAAGCAAUGGGAAGCUGGAACUUUGGACCUUCUCGACAUGGACACAGCCAAGGCAAAUGGAGACACUUCACUUCACCUCACACACACACACCCACACACAUAUUACAUAGGAUGUCGAUAGAAGAGUACAAAGCUGUGACCAAACUUUCGUCCAUUGCUGUGUGGGUGUGCAAGCCUAUGUGAGCUUCAUUAACACCUGUGGUCAUUCAGUUGACUUUUUUAAUUUUUUUAUGUCACACACACAUUAUCUGCUCACACACGUGCAACACAAUAAAGGUGGCAUAUAGGAAAAAAAAAUCUAAGUAUAUAUAAAUAUAUGUGUAUAAGAAAUGACAAAACGCUCUAGGUUUAUUUAAAGAUUUUAAUGUAGAAAUGAACUUGUUGAGGGGAGCUCGGGUUUCCAUGUGAGUGUAACUGUUUGUAGUGAAGACUUCAGCUCAACUCUUGCACAUAAAGACUUAUUAGAGAUGUUGUACCUGCAAGUUGCGGAUGAUUAUUUUUGUUGGAACGCCGGACUCUGCUCUUUCAUAUUUAUUGUGUGCGUGGGGAGCCUGCUGUGCCUCUCCUCCACCAGUUGGAGCUGUAUAAACCCCUCUGGUUUACACCUGUCAGAUAUUCUUCUUUUUGUUUCAUAUGCCACAAAUACUACUGCUUUUGGGUUCAUGAAAUGACUGUCAUAAUAAUACUGAUAUAUGAUGAUAUUCAGUGAUUAUUAAAGAGUUUUUAUUUCUAAGAAUGUUUUUGUUUCAGAGACAGGUAGGACGUUGCGUGCUGGACUGCUUGUAAAAUCAGUUCAUGAAUAAAAAAUACUUUUUUCGUGGUG